CUUAUUUCCCUGUCGCCAUCAUACAGAAACGUCGGCGUCGCCUGUCGUCGCUCGAAAAGUAUUCACGUUGUCAGGAAGUUCGGGCCGGUCAUUCGGAAGAAGGCCAUGGAAACUGACUAAGCAACAUGAUCGGGAGAUGACUAAGCUCGUGAACAUGCAGGAUGCACGCCUGUCCACCCUACCACCAGCACAUCUUUCCGUCGACGCCGCCAUGCCCAACAUUUAUCGGACACGAACCCUGUCAUCCCCUUCAUAUCCUCCAGAACCUGAUGCCAAUGACCCCGGGCCCACUCCUAUCGACGCCGACGACUCCAUCGUGCUUUCGGAUCUAGUGCGGACCGGUGAAGCCUCUCGCCUUCGACGACGGGGUGCAAUGAGAAUCGACCAUGGCCACGCAGCAGGAACCUCCAAUGUAAUUGCACCGAGUGCGGGUGCAGUCGCGGUCGAUGCACCCCCAUGGGAUUCAGAUCCAGAAGACCCAGACCCUAUCCUCGAGCCAGCGCUGAGCAGAAACGACCGCAGUUUGAGGUACUUGCGCGACCAGCGGGACGCUUCACGGCAUGUGAAAGAUGAGUACGAUUGGAUGUUGUUUUGUGGAGGCGACGAGGAGGAGGUGGUAUCAGAGGAAACCCUGUUCCAUGAAGAGUCGAGAGGUCCUUUUGUGCCCUCUAUCAUGCCUCUGCAUCCGCCGCCGACUGCUCAGGCGUCGUCGUCGUCGUCAUUGAAGCGAACAAUCCGUAGGAGUAACGGCUGUGGGGCCCUCGUUCAUAUGCGAGCUACGCCCCGGCCGCGUUUGGGAGUAUGGACCGCCAAAAGCGAAGCAUCAGAUGCCGUCGUGGCCAUGAGCUCUUCGUAUUUCGAUCGUUCCGCCGUCGCCAAGAUCCUUAGGAGCGCUUGUGGAUGUGUACGCGAAGGUGUUGGCUGUGCCGUAUGUGGGAACCCUUUGGGUACCCGGUACAGGCCGUGCAAAACUGCCGGUGAUAGUAUCUUCACCACUCCGUCGAAUGUUUCGGCGCCACGUUUUCCCCAAGGUCAUCGAUAUUGGCACGCCUCCAACCUGCCCCAAUCUCCACCCGGAACGUAUAAUUCCGAAUUCUACAUCUACACUUUCUUUUCAACAUCUGUUUCCUCAGCUCCAGAUUACGCAUUUUCGCUGUGUCAUCCUCAUCAUUCAUCACCCAACGUCUCUUCUUCGUCACAACGGCAGCAGUCAUCUUCAUAUGCGUUUCUACCGCCACCGCCACCCCUGGUUGAGGUCGAUGAUACCGAAGAGGCGACGCCUACCUUUGGUAACAUCAUGUUCUCCCGCGUAAUGACAUCGUCGCCGACACAGCUCUCCGAUGUCGGAGAAGAUGAUCGUGAGUCAGACCGAGGUGAUGACUAUACCCUGCCUUUACCUGCUGACUGGGCAGAUUUUGCCAACCAAGCGCCGCUCGAUCCUGAUUUCGAUGCGCCGAGCUCCCCAGACAAGAAUGAGGUCACGCUCAUUCCGGAGCGGUAGCAGCCGCCCCCCCUUCGUAUAGUUGGGCGUUCCUCACCUGUGUUUUAGUUUAUUCUAAUGCUUUUUUUUUUUCGAUGUUUUGCAUUUUUUUCACUGUCAUCACGUAUCUGGAAAUUUUCACCGUGACUUUUUUUUUUUGUUUU